AUGGCAAAUCAUCUGCUUCGUGGCCUCCGUAAACGUUCUGUGUUUUCACUCCUCAAGUCAUCUUCUUCCAAUUGUCUCUGUUUAAGGUCCAUCCUCCACAACACACAACCAAUUUUCACUCUUUCCAGACCUAUAUUUCCAUUAAAGCCGUCAAAUUCAUGGUGGGUGUUCAGAAACUUCAGUCAUGGUUCUGUUAACUUUGUGAUAUCCCAAGGAAAACCAAAGUUCGAGACUCAUGAAAUCGAGCCUCCGAAGAAGGAGAAGUGGAAGACGAAGAAGAGGUUGAAGCUUCAAAGAAAGAAAGAAAAACAGCGAAGAAAAGCUGCCAAUAAGAGAGACCCAAGAAGGAUUGGUGUUAAAGGGAGGAAGAAGAGGCAGAGGUUUGCAAAUGCGGAGGAAAGAAUUAAGUACAAACUUGAAAAGGCAAAAAUUAAAGAAGCAUUACUGAUUGAAAGACUCAAGCGCUAUGAAGUUCCUAAACUUCAGGGGCCUGAGGUGAAACCACAUAACCUAACUGGUGAGGAACGGUUCUACAUGAAGAAGAUGGCCCAGAAAGGGUCUAACUAUGUACCAGUUGGCAGAAGAGGCAUAUUUGGUGGUGUAAUACUGAAUAUGCAUAUGCAUUGGAAGAAACAUGAAACGGUUAAGGUCAUCUGCAAGCCUUGUAAACCUGGUCAAGUACAUGAGUAUGCAAAUGAAAUUGCCAGAUUAAGUGGUGGAAUCCCAAUCCAGAUGAUCGGAGAUGACACUAUAAUCUUCUAUCGAGGAAAGAAUUAUGUGCAGCCAGAAGUUAUGUCGCCAAUUGAUACAUUAUCCAAGAAAAGGGCACUGGAAAAAUCGAAGUAUGAGCAAUCAUUGGAGUCUGUGAGGCGCUUCAUUGCCAUUGCUGAGAAGGAACUUGAACUAUAUUACAGGCACAUAGCACUUUAUGGCUCUGAUAAGCCAAAGAAAGUGGAAACUGCUGCGGAAGAGACACUAGAUUCAACUCUGGAUGGAGUUUCCCCACUUCUUUCAGAUGGAGAAACUGAAUACACGGACGAAGAACUAUCAGCAGCAGAAUACAAUUCCAAUGACGAAGAAUUGUCUGUAAGGGAAUUAAAUUAUGAGGAUGAUCAGAGCGAAGAUGAAAGAGAAGAAAGCUCUUCAAGCAUGCAAGAGAACUUUACUAUGCUGGGUUCACCAUCCGUCUGUGGAAGUGGAGAGGAUUUUGACAAUCAGGAAAUU